AUGGCCUCCACUCGCGCUGCCACUGGCAAUUCCAAGCCCCGCGUCUUCACGUCUGUCUCCACCGACCCGGUCCAGAAGAGGACUGUGGGCAAGAAGCGCGCGCCAACCACCAAGAAGACUACCACUGGUGUCACCAAGCCAAAGACGCAAAAGCGCAAGACCUCCGUCAAGGAUAAAGUCGCAGGUGCUGUCAAGAAGGCCGAGGGCAAGGUUACCAAGAACCCCGCAAAGAAGGCUGCUGGCACCAAGGAGAUGAAGGGCACUGAUGGCAAGCGUGGCCGCAAGCCCAAGGUCGUCGUCUAA